UUUAUAUCUGCAUUAUUGGCAUCGGUCUAUUAGAUGAGACACGUACGCUGCUACUUUCUUGACAACGACAGCCUGUCACUGACAGCUAUAAGCUAUAUUACUUUAAAGCUAAAAAUACCCUGGAGAGGACGGAAGGGGCGGGGUCCAGGUUCUUGUCAGGAGACUCACUGCUUUGUCUGUCUAGUCUCUCGGAUUAGGGAGGCAUCAUGGGCAACACAAGUGACAGGGUGUCUGCAGAUCGCCAUGGAGCCAAGGCCCAUCGCUCCGACAGCAGCGGGAGUCAAAAAGACCAUGAACCCAGCGGCAAGAUGGUGGACAGCACAGAUGACCCCAACAUCUUCCAUACCCGUGGGUCUAAGCCAUCAAGUGAUAAAGAAUUUACCCCAGAUCUGGAUGACCUGGUAAAGACUGGCCCUCAGGCUCGACCCACUGUGAUUCGCUGGGCUGGAGGGGGAAAGGAAGUCUACAUAGCUGGUUCAUUUAAUAACUGGAACACAAAGAUCCCACUAAAUAAAAGCCAUAAUGAUUUUGUAGCAAUUCUGGAUCUGCCUGAAGGAGAGCACCAGUACAAGUUUUUUGUAGAUGGGCAGUGGGUCCAUGAUCCCUCAGAGCCAGUGGUUACCAGUCAGCUUGGCACCAUCAACAACCUGAUCCAGGUGAAGAAAUCCGACUUCGAGGUGUUUGACGCCCUGCAGGUCGACUCCCUGGAUAGCUCGGACACAUCAGACUUGUCCAGCUCUCCUCCAGGUCCAUAUGGUCAGGAGCAGUACAUCUUCAGACCCGAACAGCACUUCAAAGCUCCGCCAAUCCUGCCGCCUCACCUGCUUCAAGUUAUCCUUAACAAGGACACCAAUGUAUCAUGUGAUCCUGCCUUGCUGCCUGAACCCAACCACGUCAUGCUAAAUCACCUCUAUGCUCUUUCAAUAAAGGAUGGAGUUAUGGUGCUGAGUGCUACUCACAGAUACAAGAAGAAAUACGUCACCUCUCUGCUUUACAAGCCAAUCUAAAUCGCCACUCAGGUGCUCCGCAGUGCUCUUAGAGAGUGGUGUGUUUAUAUUCUGCUGUUAUAUCUUUAUUUUGAAGUGCUUGUCAUCGCAUUUAGACAAAUCUUGCACUGAAACACGUUUACAGGCGAGUUGAUGCAGAUGGAUCUGAAUAAAGCUGCACUUCUGUCUACGUAGGGCUCUGAACAAGGGUAGCGAAGUGUGCGUUGGACUUCAGGGAGCGAUGAUGAUCAUAACGUGGCUUUUACCGGUGACAUCUACCAACAGAUGAGCCUCACUAAAUCACUGUGUGUUGGUGGUAUUUUCACGUUAGUAUGCAGGAAAGAGAUUGAUAGUGCACAUCUGGAUCUUAUGUGGUCGUGUCAGAUAGAGGACACGAUGCAUAUCGUGAAUGAUUCAUGUCACGGGAUUUCGAAUGUUACUGGUGUGUUUCAACAGUUUGAUUAGCUAUUGUCAUCACAUCCUUUUUCUGGUUCCGUUACCGUUUUUUUUUUUUUAAACGUGUUUGCUUGAAUGCACAGAGUAAGAAUACGACCUGUAGCUAAUAGCUCAGUGCUGUUUUAACGUCAAGUGCAAUAAUUUUCCAUUAAAACAGUUCUCGAAGGUAGCUAGCCGCAAAGGAGCGAUGCUCUGGAGUUGUUCAGAAAGCAACAGCAAACAUAACAUUCAGCAGUAAUUCUGUGAAAUAAAUCACAUGGACCCAACGAGAGUCCUGAACAUUUUCUUGGUUCUGUCAGUGCAACUGUCCUUGUAGAUUGGUUUAAACUGGGAACCUCACUUUUCCCGCAAGGAAGCUGCUCCCAAGUCUGUUGCAGUUCUGUUGUUGCCAUUAUCUUCACGUGCGUUUGUGAGAACUUUUACCAUCCAGGGAGAGGGACAGUAGGGACUUCUCUACGCAGCAGCACAGAUCUCUGCUACUGCAGCUUCUUGGAUAUAACUUAAAUGUUUUUAUUUGACAAACUUGCUGUGUUCUAUAAGUGUGCAUUUUUUCAUUUGCAUUUAUCGAACAUGAAUGUAUUGUAUCUGUGUAUAGUCCUGCACAGAGGCCCGCACACACAGUUAAUACAUUACUUUGUAUUGGAUGUUUGCAGCUUGUGAGGUUAUAAACCCAGUGAAGGAUGAAAUCAUAAAAUGAACUUCACCACAUUAACAGGGCUGUAUUGACUUAACAGAUGGUAUGAAUUUGAAUGUACAGUGUUUGCUCACAUGUUAAUAUAAAUAUUUAAGCUUUACUGUGUUUUUGGUAUGAUGGCUGUUGUGAUGUUUAGUCGUCUGCACAUAAAUGCUCAAAGAGCAUACACUCUACAGACUAAUAGAAGGGGCUCAAACAAUUCAGUCUGUUGUUCAAUUUUAUGCUCUGAAAGCAUUUUGUGAAUGUUGAACUGUGGGAGUUUGUCCAGGUUUUUUUUCCAAUACCCACAGGUUUAAUAAGGGAAUGUGGACAAGCGCCACAGAGUUUUAAGGCUAAAACCAAAACUUGAACUUUGCAGCUGUUACAUGAAUGUUUUAAAGUGCUAUGUGGAAGCAGUGUGAUGAUUCUCUGUACACGAUUUUAUUUGUUUGCAAAUAAAUAGAAAAAAACACUG